UCUAGGCCCAGGCCUGGGAGUUCCGAUCCUAUUUUCCCCGGGAGCCCGGGUCGGUCGAGGCGCAGGGGUCCGGAGGCUCACACAGCGGCCCUCGCGACGUCGACCCUCCAGGGCGUUUCUCUGGCUGCCAUGGCCGCCAUCGGCUUGCGAACCUUCAGGAAAACGGGGUUCUGGUGGCUCCGGGGCAACCCGUGGGCCCCGCUCUCCGCCGGCUUCUGCAGCAGGGGGCCGGGGCCGCGACCCACCAGCGCGCGGCAGCGGGACGGCAUCAGGAACAUUGUCUUGAGUGAUCCAAAGAGGAGGAACGCGCUGUCAUUAGCGAUGCUGAAGUCUCUCCAAAGGGACAUUCUUCAUGAAGCGGAGAGCGGAGACCUCAAAGUCAUUGUCAUCUCAGCGGAGGGGCCUGUUUUUUCUUCUGGGCAUGACUUAAAGGAGCUGACGGAUGAGCAAAGCCCGGAGUAUCACGCCGAAGUCUUUCAGACCUGUUCUGAGGUCAUGAUGCUGAUCCAGAACCACCCGGUCCCCGUCAUCGCCAUGGUGAACGGCUUGGCCACCGCCGCCGGCUGUCAGCUGGUUGCCAGCUGUGACAUUGCCGUGGCCAGCGACAAGUCCUCUUUUGCCACCCCGGGCGUGAAUAUUGGGCUCUUCUGCUCCACCCCUGCCGUUGCCUUGGGGAGAACAGUGCCGAGAAAGGUUGCCUUGCAAAUGCUCUUCACGGGGGAGCCCAUUUCCGCUGAGGAGGCCUUGCUCCACGGGCUGCUCAGCAAAGUAGUGCCGGAAGGCAGGCUGGAGGAAGAGACCAUGAGAAUUGCAAGGAAGAUCGCCUCCUUGAGCCGUCCAGUGGUGUCUUUGGGCAAGGCCACCUUCUACAAGCAGCUGCCCCAGGACCUUAGAACGGCCUACCACCUCACCUCCCAGACCAUGGUGGACAACGUGGCCCUGCGGGACGGGCAGGAGGGAAUCAAGGCCUUCAUCCAGAAGAGAAAACCGGUCUGGUCACAAGUGUUUUCUUAGGAAGGAGGAACUUGUCAGUAAGAUGGUCCUCGUGAGCAGAGGUCCCCACGUCCCGGCCACCUGGGACAGGUCAGGUGCCGUCUGCACAUUCGUGUGGUGUCGCUGUUCCCGUCCUACAGAUGCGUCGCGGAGGCCCGCUCCGCGCCAGGUCACACAGCGGACACGGCGUCGGGCGCGGGUUCUAGACUCUGUCUGCCUGUUUUUCAGGCCGGAUGCCCUUACCCGCUGGCCACACCGCCUCAUGGGGAGAGCCAGGCUGGUGUGAGGCGAGCCCCAAGAAAGGACUUCCCUGCUGCACACAGCUGUCCAAAACUAAGGGAUGGGCCACACACUCCCGGCUACGCAACCUUGCCGGUGCAAGGGACAGCAGCAGGUGUGAUUUGUGGCGGACCGCUAACGGGGUUGUCCCUACGAAGCUGACACAGAGCUGGACUAGACUGUUCUAGACUAGACCACGAAGGACGGGCUGUCACAGCCUGCUCACACCCUGCUGCCAGGGGGCCCGCCGCUGCCUUCCUGCCCCGGUGGCCUGCCGCGCAAGUCCUUACUUCUCAGUUGCCGGACUGCACAGUGUAGGGGACAGGGCAGGAGAAAGGUUCUGGGCCUAGAGAAAGGGACAGAGCCUUCUCUCACACCCAUCUGGCAAAUGAAAACCCAAAGUUAACUUUCCAGGUUCUGCGUGAGCCGGCACUCAGGGCUCCUUGGGGCUCUUGGCCGGCUUCCCAGUCCGUGAGCCGAUGUGCACUCAGGGACCGGCUGUAAAUCUUAACACUCACCUGUGGAGAAGAAUAACCCAGAAGGAAAACCUGCCCCCCACCCUCUGAAGUCACAGAAUUCAUCCCUGGGCAACUAUAAAUUCGGGGCUAAUUUGAAUCCCUGCUUCCCUCCACUGGGACACCGAAGGACAUUUUUCUGACCACCACACGUGAUGAGGGCCGUCUGACCACCACACGUGAUGAGGGCCGUCUGACCACCACACGU